AUGUCGGACGGCAACUCUUCGGACAACGUUUUCGUCCGCUUCAAACAGAAAGUCGACGACCACAUCGCCUCGGCCUUCCAGCGAGUCCUGGGCAUUCCCACGGCCGUAUCACGCCUCAACAGCCAAUGGCCGGAACCGCCUCCGUCAUCCAGUGACAAAGAGCUUGAGCAAAGAAGAGCAGUCAACGACGACAGUACCGGCCUGCAAACCCGUAUGACAUCUCCGCAGUACCCGCAUCCCACAGUUUUCGAUCUCUUCGGCUCCAUGUCAUCGAUCUCCGCCCUCUUUAAAGCCGAAGAAGUCACCGAGUCUCUGUACCAGCUCAUGUGCUUCUCAUUCAUCAUUGACUCGCCCUACUCGCCGUUACGACUCCGCGAUCUACCGCAGCCUGCACCCCGGGACCUCCCCAAUGGUGAGGAUCCGACCCUAUUUGGGUUUGAAGAUGCGUUUGAGGAUCUGCUCAUGGUGAGCAGCGGUCAAGGUCUGCCAGAUAUUCACGAACGUGUUCGCUUCAGGAAGGAGGUCCGCGAUUCGUUUCCUCAAGGGCUACCUCCCAUGCUUUGGCUUCACCAGCUCACUCGCCAAGGUCUGUGGGAUGGCUGGGAACCCAGGCCAGAGGUGUUGGAUAGGGCCGUGAGUGAGCGUUGGCAGCGGUGGCUGCAAGAACAAAACAAUCCUUUCAACGAGCAACGGCCCCAUCCUCCCCGGAUCGACUCGGCGUUAGACGAGACUGGGAAGCCUUUGACACACGAGAACAUGGAGCAAGAAUCUUUAGGUCGUCCCGAGCAGGACCACAGAGAAACGGAGGAAGAUUCAUAUUUUUCAAUCAUGGGGUCAGCCCGUUUGAACACCUCACGGGAGACAUCCACGUCAACGUCACCAACCCCCAGAACCCACUCUUCGACAAAGGACCUGACACCACAAGGUCUCCCCCAAGGAUGGCGCGUCAUCGAAAAGGUACAGGAACGCGAGGACGGCAAGGGAAACGUACACAUCACCAAGACCGUCACGACCUACAAUGACAGAGGUGAGGAAGUUGGUAAGCAAACGGAGAGACACUCCAACUACACUUGGUCGGCGAGCUUCUCGACCGGCGGGUACAAGAAUAGGGAUCAGGACCAGCAAGAGAAUGACAGAGUCAACGACAAGGGCAGCUGGUUCUGGAAGUGA